AUGCCCGUCUCUGACUAUCUGCAGACAGACGACCUGACGAUUCUCCUCGCUGUCAUCUCCGCCACCGUCUUUCUCCUCAACAACCUCUACAAACCACAGCCGCUCGUGCACCCCAUCCUCCUCGGACGACAGAGUGACGUGGGCAGAGCUCGCAAUCCAAAGGAAAGCGCCGUAUACAGAAACUAUGCAACUGGUCUCCUAGGCAGAUUCCCCAUCUCUCCAGCAAAGGACGUCCACAUCCUCCCUGACUUUGUCCGUCCAGAGGUCGACGCUCCCCGCACACUCUGGUCCACAAAGCUCGCCAACGCACACUUACAAGACCGCGCAGCAGCAUUCGCCACCGGUCUCCUGCGCACUCUCGGCGCGCGCAUCCAGACGGCCUCCCCGACCGUCCUCUUACUCCUCAACGACUCGCUCGAAUUCGUCGUUGCCGACCUCGCGCUCGCAGCCCACUCCAUCCUCUCCAUCACCCUCGCCACAAGCGACCUCCUCGACCCCGUCCUCGACGCACACACUCCCUCCGCCAUCAUCACCCAUGCCUUCCUCCUCCCCCAGCUCCUCGAGCUCAUAUACGAGGGCGGCGAGCGCGCGAGGGAGUAUGCUAUUAUCCUCGUUGGUGAGCCGAGUCCUCAGGCUAUGGCUAGCGUCGCGAGCAACGUCAAGAUCUACAACUUUACCGAAAUCGAGCGUCAAGGCUUCAAAGUCGAAAAAAUCCUCAGCCCACUCCCAAAGCCCAGCGAUGUGUUUAGUGUUGCGUUCUACCGCACGCCUGGAGGUGCGAUUCAGGGCGCGCAGCUGACGCAUGAGAAUGUUACCGCUGGUGUUGCAGCGCUCCGCGCGUUGUUCCCGCAGACCUCGGGUAUCUCCUCACUGGACACUAUCUCCUCCGCGCAUUCAAUGAGCACGCCGUACGGGCGCGCAGUAGCGUACCUCGCCAUCCUCGAAGGCGCGAGCUUCGCCAGCAUCGUCGGAAGUGAGAUCUACGUAAAAGACGACAGCACACCAAAGCCGCAAGACGCGAGCGCGCUAGCGACGCGCAAGUACCCCAUCCCCUCGCCGACCGUGCUCUUCAUCACCCCAGCGCACCUGACGUCCGCCGUCCAAUCCAUCCUGUCCUCCGCGCGCUCGGCGUCAUGGGCCCUCUUUGCGCUCGGGUGGCGGCAUAAGCUCGUGGGGCUCGCGAAUGGGUGGGUGAGCAACUUGAGCUUGUGGGAUCGGCUUGUGUUUGAUGCGGCGCGGGUGAAGGUGCUUGGGGAGGCGGGGGGGAGUGUGAGGGAGGUGGUUGUUAGUGGUGGACCGUUGGAUGAGGAGAUUAUGACGCCUGCGCGUGUGGCGCUCAGCGUGGCGUUUGUGAAUGCUACGACGCACCCGCUGGUCGCAGCACCCGUGCUCGCGACACAUCCGUUGGAUCUACAGGACAUCCCGCUCGCUGCGUCGCCUCUCACAGCGAAAGACAAACCCAGCAAAUCCCCGUCGACGGGCAAAGCCCAAGGGAAAGCGCACACGGGCCCGCCGGGUGUGAACGUCGAAGUCAAACUUGUAGGCGUGGACGAUGAGGUUGUGGAAGGAGGCGGGGAUCCGGUGGGAGAGCUUGUGGUUAGAGGACCGCCGGUGGCGGGUGCGGUUAGUUUGGAGGCGUUUGCGCGCGGGGUCGGUUUGGAGGAGGGGAGUGGGAAGGUGCAGGGGGAUGUGGUGGGUGAAGGAGCAGGGGGGGAGGGGAGGGAGGAGUGGGUUCAGACGGGGUAUUGGAUGAGGGUGCAUUCGAAUGGCGCGUUUAGGGAGGAGGAGAAGACGUGUCUGCGAUACGCAGUGCGCAGCGUAGUGCGUAGUCUGCAGGAGGAGGAGAUCGAACGGUGGAUGCUUGAUUUGUAA